GUAGUGCUGGCACUCCAGUGAUGUUUAAUAAGAAUGGUGAUGCACCAGGACGUUAUGACAUCUUUCAAUAUCAAACUACAAAUACCUCCACACCAGGCUACCAUCUGAUAGGCCAAUGGACAGAUGAUCUACAGCUCAAUGUGGAUGAAAUGCAGUGGGGCAAAGGAGUGAAGAAAACCCCUUCUUCAGUCUGCAGUCUUCCCUGUAAACCAGGAGAACGAAAAAGGAUUAUGAAAGGGAUGAGCUGCUGCUGGCAGUGUGAACUGUGUGAUGGUUACCAAUACCAGUUUGACGAAGUGAGCUGCAAGCUGUGCUCCUACAGUCAACGGCCAAAUGAGAAUCGCACAGGAUGUAGCCCUAUCCCUAUUGUAAAGUUGGAGUGGCAUUCACCCUGGGCGGUCAUCCCAGUCUUUCUCGCCAUGCUUGGAAUUAUUGCCACCAUAUUCGUCAUGGCAACCUUCAUUCGAUAUAAUGAUACUCCCAUUGUGAGGGCUUCUGGAAGGGAACUUAGCUAUGUUUUAUUGACAGGAAUAUUUCUGUGUUAUAUCAUCACUUUCUUGAUGAUUGCCAAGCCAGAUGUUGCCGUGUGUUCUUUCCGGCGCAUCUUCCUGGGAUUGGGAAUGUGCAUAAGCUAUGCCGCUCUGUUGACUAAAACAAACCGUAUCUAUCGCAUAUUUGAACAGGGUAAAAAAUCAGUGACAGCUCCCAGGCUUAUUAGCCCAACAUCACAAUUAGCAAUCACAUCAAGUUUGAUAUCAGUACAACUACUUGGAGUUUUCAUUUGGUUUGCUGUUGAUCCACCAAACAGUAUUAUAGAUUAUGAUGAACAUAAAUCUAUGGAGCCAGAUCAAGCCAGAGGUGUUCUCAAAUGUGACAUUACGGAUCUACAAAUAAUAUGCUCUUUGGGGUAUAGCAUUCUACUAAUGGUUACAUGCACUGUUUAUGCCAUCAAGACUCGGGGUGUCCCAGAGAAUUUUAAUGAAGCCAAACCCAUUGGAUUCACUAUGUACACUACAUGUAUAGUAUGGCUUGCCUUCAUUCCAAUAUUUUUUUGCACUUCCCAAGCAGCUGAAAAGGUCUAUGUACAAACCACCACCCUUACAAUAUCUAUGAACUUAAGUGCUUCAGUGGCUCUGGGGAUGCUUUACAUGCCGAAAGUUUACAUCAUCAUCUUCCAUCCUGAACUAAAUGUCCAAAAGCGGAAACGCAGCUUCAAAGCAGUAGUGACAGCAGCCACCAUGUCGUCACGAUUAUCACACAAAACUAGCGACAGGCCCAACGGGGAAGCAAAAACAGAACUUUGUGAAAAUGUAGAUCCAAACA